UUCGUGCAGUGGCUGCAUUUAACAAAAAAUGGAAUAAUGAUGAAAAAUAAAAUUAAAAUGAUGGAAUUAUUAGUAUUUUAUUUAUUUAUCGCGUUGACGGCCGGGGAACCUUUUGUAUCAGUGGAGCUCCGGAACUACGCGAACCCGACUGGAAGUGACGUCAGGGGCGCGUGUUGUGACGGCACGAGUCUCGUGGGCUCAACGUGCCUUCCCGAGCGGUGCGACCACAGGAUUAAAGUAUGCGUGUCCGACCCAGCGGAAUACAGCCCCGUUGAGAAGUGCGGUAUUGUUGACGGACCACCGGACCAGAAUGUUCAUAACUUCACUUCCGGUUCUAGGCUUCAGCUGCCCCUUGUCACUUGGCCCACUAAUGGCGAGGCGAAGAUGACGGUGUUCGUGUAUGACGUAGAUAAUGACGUUGACGGCUCAGAGACGGUCACGUUGGUGGACGAUAUGAUGCUUAUGUUUUACGUCGGAACGUCGUCCCAUAAUGUCACUCUUACACGUGGAAACACAUUGACGUUGAGUGGCACGAGACAUCCACACCCAACUACUCUUUCGCUUACUUAUUCAUUGGGCUACAACACCCACUCGAACUACUACCUCGGCCAUCCGCCGCAACAAAACUGUCCAAUCGUAAACGAGUGUGGGCGACAUGUGACCUGUGACGUCAGCGGUCACCUGAACUGCAUGCCUGGGUGGUCCGGGUCAGAUUGUAAUACUGUAGUUUCUGGCGGACUAGCGGACUGCAGCAUGGACAAUGAGUUGUCCGUGUUCUACAAGAGCACAUGGGAAGGUUCCAUCCGCUGUCCUUCUGACUGUGUGGCAAACAUGAGCGUCCGUCUGUUUGUUACGAAGGCAAGCCAUGGGGGCGUGACUGCGACCGCCUUCCUGGGGAGUAACAGCAUCGCCGUCACCGGGAACUAUGCCUCUUAUACCAAACACCUUCUACUUCAGAGCUCGAACAAUGUGUAUUUCCCGUUCAUGUUCGGUGGUCAGCAUUACACGGACGUGGAGGUAAACGGCGCGCUGCGGUCCGCCACCGAGAUGACCGGCGCCGCCAUCUUCCUCUCUCGUCGUCCUGGAGACGCUCGCACAUGUCACGGGUCAACAACUACUCUGAAAGAGACAUGUGCACUUAGGCUGACGCGAUCACAAGUAACAUUCGAUCCAUGUAAUGGCCAAGGUCAAUGUUGGAGAUAUGGAGGGAAACAGAGGGACUACAUGUGCUGCUGCAAUUCAGAUUAUGCAGGCGAGUUUUGUGGCAUCCGCAAGACAACCAGCACUUCCACUACUACUACCACCACAACGACCACAACCACCACAACGCCAGCACCAACAACAACUACAACAACACCCACAACGACGACCUCGACCACAACACCAUCGACAACGUCAACAACUACAACACCCAAACCAACCACAACUGUACCACAAACGACAACGACAACAAAGGCACCAACUACAACGGCUACCGAAAAAUCAACUACCACUAAAGCAUCCACUCUAGCUGCCACCACGUCAACGACAACCACGACGACAACAUCCAAACCGACUACACUUACAACAGAGACGGCAACACAAUCUUCAACAUCAACGACACAAUCAACAACAAGAACCACAGUGCCUUCAACAACAAAGCAAACGACAAAACAGUCGACUACAACCAGGCAGACGACGUCUACACUGCCUCCUACUUCAUCAACCACAGCACGAACUACAUCAACGACUACAACAACAACACAAGCACCAACAACGAAACCAACAACAACGACAUCAACAACAACACUGAAAUCUACCCCUAGCACGGCGACAACUACCAAAUCUACCCAGACAACUCAAACUCCGAAGCCGUGUGCACCCGUGCAUACAUGCAGCUCGCAUUUUGACUGUGACGUCAUGGGUGACCACGUGUGCGCACCAGGGUGGACCGGGUCAAGGUGUGACAUCAAAAUACAAAACGGAGCUGCGGACUGUGAUAUCUACGAUUGGGACGCGUUUCUUCCUAGCGAGUGGGACGGUAAUUACACGUGCAGUGACGACGGCCAACUUAUAAGAUUCGUCAUGAACAUCACAAAGUCCACGUCAACCAUUGCGUUCUCCGGGAAUAUGCUGAUUUCUGGGCAUAACCUGACAAUGUCGGGUACCUUUGCAUCCUUCUUCAAAAUUUUCGCUGUUCAGAGUACGGACACAAUCGCGGAUCAGAUUGCGUUACGGAAUUUCACGAAGGUUGAGUUAAAUGGUGUCAUGAACAGUUCCAUUUUGAUCACUGGAGCUACUAUUUUUACAACGAAAUCUGGCAGUCUGAACUGUGCUAUGGAAAUGCGCAGACAAAAAGUGUUUGUUGUCUCCGACUGGUGCAGUGGCCACGGUGAUUGUCAGAGGUUUGGGACGCACCAGAACGAGUUCAUCUGUUGCUGUGACAAUAAAUACGAAGGCGACCACUGCCAAACGGAAAUUACCACAACAACAACUUCCACGACAACCACCACUACACCCACUCCCACUCCAGCGCCAUGCCAUCCCCUUAACAACUGUAGCGGUCAUUUCGCAUGCGGGCCCCAGGGACAGAAGGUAUGCCGGGAGGGGUGGACGGGGGCAAACUGUGACGUCAUCAUCCCUGAUGGACCUGCCGACUGCGACAUCUUUGAAAUGAAUUCCGUAAUCCCGAGCGAAUGGGACGGAAACUUCACGUGCAGCGAUACAAAGAUCCUGAGGCGUUUCCGAAUGAACAUCACGAAAUCCGCGUCCGAUAUAGGAAUGGUAGGAGACAUCGCCAUUGACGGUUCAUUGGUGGAAACAACCGGAACAUUUGCCUCCUUCUUCAAAUUAUUUGCCUUACAGACCAACCAAAUAUUCCUUAAUGAAAUUUUUGGAAGAAAUUUCACAAAAUUUGAGAUGAAUGGACAAUUUGAGUCUGCUGUUUACGGAACGGGUGCUGUGAUCAUCCAGGGGCAAAAUGGGGAGGUUACAUGCCCGAUGGAAAUUAGAAGAAAGGCUGUAUUCAUCGACUGGUGUAGUACCCAUGGCCAGUGCCAGAGGCACGGACGACAACAGGAUCAGUUUACCUGCUGUUGUGAACCCGGUUACACGGGCGACACGUGCAGUCAGAAGGUCGUGGUCCGCCGCUCAACCCACCUGACCACCCAAACCACACAGCGCCCGACCCUCGCGACCACUACGACCACUCUUGCCCCGACCACCGGGCCACGCUGCACGGGCGCCAUGAUGAGCUGCGGUGGAAACUACAACUGUGACAUCACAAAUCAUCGCGUCUGUAUUGACGGGUACACAGGUUAUAACUGUUCUGACGUCAUACCGCUUGGUGCAGCCGACUGUGACGUCUUUGACUCUUCAACGUUUAUCCCAAGCGAAUGGACAGGCAACUAUACCUGCAGAAACGACAUUAUGCGCUGGUUUAGUGUAAACCUGACACUCGCUAAAGAUUCUAUCCACCUCGUAGGGGACAUGGAUGUUGAUGGAAACGAAAUACUUGUUGAUGGAACAUUCGCCUCAUAUUUUCAAGUGAUGGCCUUCCAGACAAAUUCCAUUAUAAUAAAUGAAAUAUUUGGACGAAACUUUACCCAGGUUGAGUUUAACGGGAAGUUCACCAAUCCACUAUUAAUAGAUGGUGUGACAGUCUUCAAGGACGAGUCUGGAUCGUACACAUGUACUACACAGCUAAAAAGGGGUCCAGGCUAUACAGGAUAUAGGUGCGAAGACAAAGUUACAACUACUACCACAACUACAACAACAACUACUACAAUCCCACCAACUACCACCACAACAAGCACAACAACUACACCAACAACAACACCAACAACCACUUCAACAACACCGACAACGACGAUGACCAGCAUUCCGUGCACGCCCGCAGAUAACUGUACCAACCAUUACACGUGCGGACCGUACGGCCGGAAGUUGUGUCGCCAGGGAUGGACAGGGGUGAACUGUGAUAGCCUCAUACAAGGAGGGUCCGCCGAGUGUGACAAUUUUGAUGACACUAUUCUGGUACCAAGCGAAUGGGAGGGCCAGUACACAUGUCCUGACGACAGAAUUACAACAUCCUUCCUUAUGAACAUCACCCGUGCAUCCACUAUCGACACCAUCGCCUCAAUCAACGUACUGAACACUCAAUUCACGAUGUCCGGCACGUACGCCGUCAUUUAUAACGUCAUAACGUUGAAAAAUGACGUACUAAUUAGCCGUGACGUACUAGGAGUGAAGUACACUGGCGUUCAGCUAAACGCGCUGCUGGUGAAUUCCACAUACGUCAGUGGGACCCUGAUUUUCCAAUCAACUGUCAAGGCAAUUAAUUGCUCAGUUUCGAUGCAAAGGAGUAAAGUAAACAUAGCAUGGUGCAGCGGUCGUGGAAGCUGUUUCAGGAAUUCGGGGGUCAAGGACGAUGUCGCGUGUUGCUGUGAGAAAGGUUACAAAGGAAACUCCUGUGAAAUUGGUCCAACAACAACAACUGCUUCGACCACAACCCCUACCACAACAAGCACAACAACUACUACCAGCACCACCAGUACCACAACUACUACCAGCACCACCAGUACCACACCAACAACUACAAUCACCACACUCCCGUGCACGCCUGUGGACAAUUGUACCCACCAAUACACAUGCGGACCAUACGGCCGAAAGUUGUGUCGUCCAGGCUGGACGGGAGCGGACUGUGAUACUCUGAUUAAAGGGGACGUCGCCGACUGUGACAUGUUUGAAUCUGACGAAUUCAUCCCAAGCGAAUGGACGGGAAAUUACACCUGUCCGGACGACAAUAGCGAGGUCUGGUACCACAUGAAUAUAACCAGGUCAGCGACCAUCGACACUGUCGCCACUGUUAUAGUCGGUAACCUCUCAUUCCCUAUGACCGGGGCUUUUGCUGGAUACCUCAAGAUCCUUACCUUCGACAAUGACGUUCCCAUACUUCGAGAGGGGCCUGUUGCUAACUACACUGAUGUUGAACUCAACGCUAAGCUUGUCAAGGUGAAUCUUAUUGACGGGUUCAUCAUCUUCAAGAAUGGCAAUAAAACGAUGGCCUGCCCAACACAACUCCGACGUACUGCAGUCCUUAUUGAUUGGUGCAAUGGCCACGGUACGUGCUCCAGGUAUGGAAAGACGAGAGAUGAAGUCAAGUGUUGCUGUGGACCAGAUUAUCACGGGAAGUUUUGUCAGGUCGGCCCUACGACGACGUCCACAAGGCCAACAACGACGAUGACAAGCGUCCCGUGCACUCCCACGGACAACUGCACUCACCAUUACACAUGCGGGCCGUAUGGCCGGAAGUUGUGUCGUCCAGGAUGGACAGGAGCAGAGUGUGAUGUCUUAAUCAAAGGAGAAGUCGCAGACUGUGAUGUGUUUGAAACUGACAGAUUAAUUCCAAGUGAGUGGACGGGCAAUUACACGUGCCCUGAUGACCAGAGCGUGGUCUGGUACCUGAUGAACAUCACCAGAUCUUCCACCAUUGACACUGUCGCUACCGUCCUUGUUGGCAACACCUCGCUACCAAUGACCGGGGCCUUCGCUGCGCUUCUGAAAGUUCUCACACUGGACAAUGAUAUCCCCAUCUUUCGUGAGGGUGUAUCGAGCAACUACACGGAGGUGGAGUUAGACGCUGCACUGAUUACAAAAGAUUUUAUCGACGGGUACUUACUCUUCAAGGGUGUCAACGGUGUACUUCAAUGCGCUACCCAGUUAAGACGAACAAGGGUUCUUAUUGACUGGUGCAGUGGUCACGGAACGUGUUACAGAUACGGCAGCAAAAGAGAAGACAUGACCUGCUGUUGCCAUGCACCAUACCAUGGCCGUUCAUGUGAAAUAAGCCCAACAACCCCCACAACUACUACCACAUCUACAACACCUACCACGACUACUUCCACUACAACGCAGCCAACAACAAUACCAACAACAACCACCACCGCAGCAACAACGACCAUGACAAGCGUUCCCUGUACCCAAGCUAACAACUGCACCCACCAUUACACGUGUGGUCCCUACGGGCGGAAGAUUUGUCUGCAUGGAUGGACCGGCAAAGACUGUGAUACAAUGAUUCCUGGUGGGGUGGCUGAAUGCGAUACACUAGACACUCUGAUUGAAAGUAACUGGGUUGGAAACUACACCUGUCCCAAUGACAACAUGACAACUUGGAUUGAUUUGGAAGUAGUGCACCGGGGUGUCGAUCGGAUUGCAGUUGUUGCUUUUGUUGGAAAUGAUACCAUUGCCAUGCACGGGAUGUACUCGUAUGCCUUCAAGAGUAUUCAACUCGCAGUAAACAACACACAAAAUGGUACCAUAGGCGUUGGCAUGUUAACAUUGCCGUCAUUCAUUGGCCAUCUAGAUAACAAUGGUGAAGAAAUACAUGGAACGCUGUCCUUGGCUAGUUCUACAGGAAAAACCGCUUGUCCGGUGUCACUAAGUAGAAUGUCAGAUUACAAAGGGAAAAACUGCGAGACAGGCCCGACAACUACCUCUACAACCUCCACAUCGACGACAACCACUUCCACCACAACUACCACUACUACAACCACCACCACACCUACAACAACUACCACAAUAAAACCUUGUUCGCCGGCGAACAACUGCACAAACCAUUAUACAUGUGAUAGUCGUGGGGAGAAGGUUUGCUUGCCCGGAUGGACAGGAAGGGAUUGUGAUAUGUUGGUUUCCGGUGGAUCAGCUGACUGCGAUGUUUUCGAUGGAACAGAACUUGUACCAAGUGAGUGGACUGGAAAUUACACCUGUCCAGACGAUGGGGUAAUGACUUGGUUCUUGAUGAACAUAACUCGAUCAACAAACAUUGAAACGCUAGCAAACGUGAAAGCUGUUGGUAUUGAGUUCCCACUGUCUGGCUCAUAUGCAACAGUGUACCAGAUCAUCACUCUCCAGAAUGAUGUGAAUAUAUUGCGCGAAGGAACUAACAUGAAUUAUACCGAUGUUGAGUUGGACGGCCGAGUAUUGAGUUCAGUUUAUAUCAAGGGAUAUCUGGUUUUCAAGAAGUCCAACACGACGCUGCAGUGUCCCGUGGAAUUGCGAAGAACAGCAGAUCAUAAGGGACAAUUUUGCGAAAUUGGACCUACUACACCCACUCCUCCUACAACAACUGUGCCACCCUGUUAUCCCAAGAAUGACUGCUACCAGCACUACUCUUGUGGAGCCCGAGGCCAAAAGGUGUGCCUGCCUGGUUGGUCUGGCGUGAACUGUGAUGUGCAAAUUCUCGGAGGCGAGGCCGACUGCGAUUCAUUUGAUAGCAAUGAGCUCGUCCCCAGCGAGUGGACCGGAAACUACACCUGUCCGGAUGAAGGAGUCAUGACUUGGUUCCUUAUGAAUAUCACACGCUCAACAAACAUUGAAACACUCGCGAAUGUAAAAGUCGCAAACACCAGCUUUCCCCUAUCAGGAUCUUAUGCAACAGUUUUUCAAAUCAUUACUCUUAUGAACGAUAUUCCGAUACUCAGAGAGGCCAAUGGAUAUAAAUAUAUCGACGUGGAGCUGGAUGGGACAGUCAAAAGCCCCGUUUUCAUAAACGGUUAUAUUGUGUUUAAAAACGGAAACAGAACUAUGUCAUGCGACGUCGAAUUACGAAGAACUGCAAUAAACAUUAACUGGUGCAGCGGAAAAGGUACCUGUUACCGGAACAGCAAGGCAAUAAACGAUUACAAGUGUUGUUGCAGGUCUGGUUAUUCAGGACGUUUGUGUGAUGUACUACCGCCGACGACAACAACUAUUCCGCCCACUACAUCAACAACGACCACAAAGACAACCUUGCAGAAUACUUCACCAACAUCAUCAACUGUUCCUUCUUCUACUUACACUGUAUUAUCAACAGCAUCAUCAACUGUUCUGUCUUCUACUAACACAGCGUUGUCAACAAAAUCAUCAACUGUGCCUUCUUCUACUUACACAGCGUUGUCAACAAAAUCAACAACUGUGCCUUCUUCUACUUACACGGCUUUGUCAAGCACAACUGAAUCUACAACAACUGUAGCAACAACGGUCGUAUUCCCAUCUUCUAAAAUAGCAUCUGCAACACCUUCUUUCAGUACAACAACGCAGACCAGAACUUCAACGGUUCCCAAAACUACAACACCAUCAACAACAACAACAACAACAGCAGUCGCAGAUACAACAACUACAACAAUUACAACAAAGGCUCCAGUGACAACUGUAACACAACCAAGAACAACAACUAUUACCCAUGUCCCAUGCACACCAAUAGAGACAUGUGGCGCCCACUUUACAUGUGAUAGGUAUGGCAGGAAGUCAUGUUCGUCUGGAUGGACUGGUUCCGCAUGUAAUGUGAUGGUUCCUGGUGGCGAAGCUGACUGUGAUAUGUUCGGAGAGCUUGUCAUAGUACCAGCGAACUGGGCCGGAAAUUAUACCUGUUUAGAUGACAACAUUGAAAUCCUGUUCAACAUGAGCAUAACAAAAUCAAACUUUAUCAACACCUUGGGCAUAGUUCGAAUAGAUGGAUCAUCCGUCCCUGUGACUGGGACAUUCUCAACUGUCUACCAGUUCCUUACUCUGCAAAAUUCCGAUGUCGUUCAUGAGGAAAUAUUCGGAAGAAAUUUCUCUGCUGUUGAAAUCGAUGCCCGCUUGAUAUCACCGACGUUCAUCAAAGGCUUUGUUGUUUUCACACAGGACAGUGGGCCUCUGAAUUGUCCAGUGGAACUCAGAAGGGAAUCUGUCAACAUUAACUGGUGCAAUGGAAACGGAGCAUGUUCUAGAACCAGCAAACUUCUAGAUGACGUCACUUGUUGUUGCAGUCAAGGUUACUCCGGCAACCGAUGCGAAUAUGUGCCUACACCUUCAACGACUGCUGCUACAUCAAAAACGACACCUAAAGGACGAAAAACUGAUGCAGCGACCAUUGCUUCGGUAAAAACAGCAGCACCAACAACAAAGCCUACGACUCCAACUACAACGACCACAACCACAACAAAAGCUAGUACAACCACUACCACAACAACAACAACAACACCAACUACUCCCACCACUACAACCCUUGGACCUUGUGCAGGGCAUUUUACUUGUAGCGCCCUAGGUCAUACACAGUGCCUUCCAUGGUUCUCGGGUCCGAACUGCAACAUUCCGAUUCCUGGAACAUCUAGUUCAUGUGCAAGUUAUGAUGAUGCAGAUGAUUUCGACGGUUCUGAAUGGUUGGGGAAUUACAAAUGUGCUAGCAAUGCUAAUCCAACGCAAGUUACAGUGACUUUAAAACAUCUUGGAUUCAGAUCACUGCUUGAGGGAACAUUCGCUAUCGAUGGACAUAAUAUAGUUCUAAAUUUGACGGGAUCAUUUGCGUCAUACCUAAAAACAUUGAAUUUGCGGGGAUUACCAACAUCUGCCGUACACAACGGAAUGACUUUAGGGGCCUUAGAAAUAGACGGACAUCUAGCUACACCGGAGCAAUUCAACGGCGCUUUGAUUGUACUAACUCAAAAUAAUGAAAGAGAAGCGUGCGCACUUGUAUUGAACAGGAGAAGUGCCACACAGUGUACUUCAAGCACGCCGUCUACCACGACCACAGCAACAACACCAACAACUACACCUACAACGACAACCUUGGCAUACUUCGAGCCGGGACGAUUAUCAUCCGCUUAUUUUGAAAUGGUUGAGUCAGAAUUCCAAGCCGAUUACGUUACUGAUAUUCUUACAAAGGCAUGGAAACGGGCUAAUACGAUAAAUGGAGUCAGUGGUGUCGUCUUGAACAUUACCAUUCAGCAAACUACUAGUAUGACUGAUGAUGAAGGAACCGAUAUCCUGAGAGUCAUCUACAAUGUGGUGCCAAGCAACGUCACCGACCCAGCCACCGUAUUGCAACCGAGUCUUAACCAAAUUGACGAGGAGCUCAAGAAAGUUUACAACACCAAAGUAUAUAGAGGAGUGUUAUCAAGCCUGCUUGAACUGAAAUAUGCAUUUGAUAUAAUGAUAGAGGGCCCACGGCCAGUUCCAUCAGUAAUAGCAUCCCUGGAGCUGACUCUUUGUAACAUAUUUGAGACAAAUAGCAGUGUAAACCCAAUCAACUGUAGCGACGGUGACUUUGUUUCGAUAAAGAAGAGUGAAGAAUAUCUUGGCACACACGAAAAAGAACUUUCACUCAUUUACUACAUUUUGGUGGUAAAUGGCUCUAUCGUUGAUCCAUCUUCGAUAACAAAACCCGAAUCUGCUUAUAUCACGAAUACCGUCCAGCAGUCAGUGUCAUCUGUAACGGUAUAUACCACACCCUUUGUAAGACGGUACAGAUUCCGAUAUGAGCUCCUUAUUGAGGGUUUUGUCUACCCUGAGAACAUGGACAACCUAACUCAUGCCAUACAAGAUAUUUGGAACAGUAACCUACCAGUGUGUCAGAAUGGGCAGUGCAUUAUCCAUAAAGCUCGAGUGGAAUUGUUCAGUGCCAAGGGCAUGGACAAAGAUAUGUACAGUCUGGUGUACUUCGUGCAUAUCGGGACCAAUUUGCUCAGUCCAGUCGUAGUUUCUCCACCUACGGACUUAGUAUUCAGUACAAACAUGAUUGUACAAAAACCUGUGUCGUACAGUAUGGGCGAUAAUUAUACCGUCUAUGUUAGACAACAGCAAUCUGUUCUGUUUAGAGUACGGUACUCCUGGAGAAUCAGCUUUGUUGACCGAGUUGACCUAAGAAAUGUUGAUGCAAUAAUAAAGCAGCUUAACGACGCUUCAACGCAGCUUGUUGGGGGUCUGGCAUACAACAUAAAGUUCGAUAGAACUGUGCUAAAGUACACCAAAAAUAGCCAGGUAGUGACAACGAUAAUGUUUUACUUGACUGACAAGACUUCAAAUGCCGUUGUUGACGCUCGUUCCGUGUCAUUACCGAGCAUAACGGCACUCAUGUAUUGGUUCGUGGAUGCUAAUCGCGUAGUACACUACGGCAACGGCGACCGAUACCAAGUGUAUGUGUUCGAGACUUCGGAAGAUAUACAUGAAGCUACGCUGUAUGAAUACGAUAUCAACGGCUACAUUCUCACAGUUGAUAAAGACAAUCUCACAAGAAUUAUUAAGGACGCAUGGACCACAGAAGACAGCACAAUACAUAAGGCUAGAAAUAUACGAGACACAUCACGUGGCUACAAGGUUACAAUCUACACGACCAGAAUUGGAUACAAGGAAAAUGGUGAUGUUGUUACCAGUAUAAAGUACCUCGUUGAAUACAACGGCGUGGUACGAGAUGCACGCUAUUACUAUGGCAACGUUUUCAGACUCGCUCUUUACAUCAAUGCACGUCUUAAUACUGCCAAUGGUCUAAGUAAAGACUAUACAUUUAUGACUGGAGCUAGACUGUACUUUGAUGAGGAGUUAUUUUCCGUACUGUUUACACGUCCAAUUGCUGAUUUUGACUAUUCGAAAGUACAGAAUAGUAUAUAUGCUGGAAUAAGAGUUUACUGGAAUGAUUACCAGUCGCUAUCUUCAGGCUUGACGGUUAAAAUCGUUUCACAAGAAGAAGUAUUCCUCAAUGAAAAGCAAUACUGGCAGAUCCGAUUCGGCUUAACGUCAACAACGACACAACGGGUAUAUGCCAAAUUCGUGCGAAAGAUCACCGAGAAACUUAUUGCUCCCGUCUUUUCUGUACAAGGCGUUGGAAAUUACAAAUACGAGCUUUUUGACCGAGUCUACAAUGAGUACAGUGUCCUUCACAGAAGAUUGGCCUUUACACUAACGUUCAAAGAGAUGGUGUUUCAAGCUGAUUGGGCAUUGAUUGCUUCCUCUAUACGCUCACAGUGGUGCCAACAUGAGGGUGCAGCAUCCUGCGUUUGGAACGUAACGAUUAAGGACCAAGAGCAUGUUAUUGACAGAUAUGGUACAUCCUACUGGCGACUGGUGUACUACAUCUUCCGCAACGCUGGUAGUGGUAUUGACCUACAAAAUCCAUCGACCAUUCUUUGGAGACCAUCACUGGUCACCAUACAAAGCCAAUAUGACUUCACCUACUCUACCAUUCAUAUCAGCCAAGUCUAUGAUACACGAUACCUCUUCACGAUAUAUACGGACAAGGAUGUGCAAUUAGAAAUGAUACAAUUCAAGAAUAAAGUCAAUGCACACUUUUCCCUCUAUGUACAAGGUGCUUCCGCAGGAUGGUGGGCCAAAACUGAUAUAACUGUAGUAUCCAGGGAGCAAGUGUAUACAUCUAGGGGUUGGAUGUGGCGAGUAAGGUAUGCCAUAAGUAACAGCGGUCGUGUGGUGAAUUCCCAAACAUGGCCGACUUCUACACUGGUUUACAUGCAGUUCAAUGCCGCAAGUGGAAUAGACACCAUCGACUGGUCAUUCUUCAAUACUGACUAUUUCUUCAGUCUUUACCUCAAGGAGAAAGGCUCAUGGUUGGAUUUCCAUAAGUUUGAACUUUAUUUCAAGCAAUAUUGGACCAAUCAUUAUGGAGGUUGCUGGACUUGCGUGGACGUACGUAUCGUAAACCAAGAAAAGGUGGUUUCGAAAAAUGGGGAUUCAUAUUGGUGGUUGAAAUUCCGGGUGUCUGUCAACGGUACGGUGGUUAAUCCUGCGGCUGUUCUGCCAUUGAAUCUUAGCUCGUUUGAAGCUGGGAUGAAUUUUACCGGUCAACGUGGACAAUAUCAUCUUGCCAAGAACACAACCCUGUGGAAAACGUUUGUUUCAUGGAGAUACUAUAGCUGGCUGUAUACGGGCAGCUGGGUACCGUCCUGGCAAUACACGUACUUCAGGGAGCAUCUUCGGACAUACUAUUCAACAUAUUUCAAUGGUUCCGUGGUAGAAAUUGGGAUCCUAAACCAGAAAGAAUUUAUUCUAUCUACCGGCAAACACAUUUGGGGCGUCCCAUACUACGUAAAGGUUGAUGGUAGAUUGGUUCCCCCUGCCUCUCUCCCGAGAAUAGAUUGGUCGGCAUUUUCCUCGUCCCUCAGUUUGAACAAUACACACGGACAGCACUACCAAAUUCUUACGGGUGUGACGACUGUGGAUACAACAACCCUGUUGUCGGUUCACCUUGAACACAAAGUGUCAACUAGUCAUUACCAUGAAUUGGAAUUGGUGCUAGAAAAUGCAUGGAAACGCCAGCAUCAUGAAUUCCAGUCAUCUGAUAUUGAGAUUCAUAUCCGAAAUCAAGAAGAACUGGUAAACUAUUACGGGGAAUCUACAUGGCGGUUAGUCUACUCCGUCAGUGUUAAUGGUACAUCAAUGGACAAGGAUACUGUGAAGGACCUUGAUUUGGAUACGCUUCAACAGGAAAUAACCUCUAGUGGGAAGUUACAUGUUAAGUUGACGAGAUGGGCAAACUCUCAAAACUUGUACGAAACGCGAAAUCUCCAAAGUGUUGUGGUCGAUAAAUAUAUUGCUAUUGGUGAUAUUGACAAUUUCGAAAGGGCAGUAGUGUUUCAAAUUAACCGUACAUUAAACGAAUCGUUUACCGUUCACGUAGUCCGACAGAAGGAGUAUGUCAAUACAACGGGUCAAAGUGCCUGGAGCGUACAAUUCAUGUUAUUCCUGAAUGGAACAACAUUCGUUCGCAAAGAUAUGAUGGCGAUGAUCAGUAAAGAAUUAUUAUCAAACGCCACUACAAUGGUGACAGGCAUUGACAAUCAGCGGUACAGUGUUGUAGAGGAUGCUGCAGACUAUGUUGACAUCGAUAAUGAAUACACAUUGGUUCUGGAUAAGAAGGUCACGGAGACUGAUAAAGACGAAUUUCGAAAACAUCUCGAGGCAGCAUGGAAAAAACUUCAUUCAGACUGGAGUGCCAUAAACGUUCGCAUUGCGAGAUCUGAAGAGCUUGUCAACGAAUAUGGAAAGUCAUUCUUCGAGCUGAGCUAUAUUGUUCAACUUGAUGGUAAAGUUUUGGACUCUCGUGAAAAUAUCGGAAUAGAUGGCAAGACAAUAGGCAGUAUAACAGGAAUUAAUGGAGAUUUUAAUGUCUUGACUGAUCUAAGCGCAACAUACACUAGGCUUAGCAGAUAUGGAUUUUACCUUUACCUCACAAAUAAGAUUGAUUACAAAGCUAAAACAGCGUUUGAACAGGCCGUGAAAACAGAGAUGCACAGAACCCAGCAGAAUGCCAACCUUACCGUGAACUUUAAACGAUUUGAGGAGUACGUAGACGUCUCAACCCAUAAUAAAACCUGGAAGACAUUGUUCUUUGUUUCUCAACACAACCAGCUCAUACCUACAACUGGCCUUCGCACAAUGGACAUAACCCAGUUGCAAGCAAACCUCAAUUUUAAAGGAUACAACAAUAAGACAUAUUCAGUUGUUGACAUGAAAGGUCGGACUUAUGUCAAUAUGAGAGACUCUUAUAAUGUUCUUCUUACGAGCAAAAUAUCAUCAACAAAACUCAAAACCAUGGAAACAACCAUCCUGCAAGUAUGGAAACAGUCCGUACAAGAGUACAACACGUGUAAUUGUCUGACAUUGAGUAUGAUUGGCAUUCCAGAGCGUGUUGUUGAUUUACAAGGGAGCAAGUACUGGCAAGUCAAAUAUUUCUUGCUGAAAAGUGGAACAGUUGUGAAAUCAAUGACUUCAUCAAGUUUGAAUCUUUCGUUACUGCAAGAAAAGCUGACCUCAUCGAAUAUAGCAGUUCAGUUGGUAAAAGAAAAGAAAACCACAUAUAAGUUGUCAACAGCAUUUUCAGUUUACUUGAACAGGGACUUCAACGUUAAAGCACAGUCGACAUCUAGUGUAGCGUCUAAGUUUACAGUUUCAUUGUCUCAAACAUGGGGAACGAAAGCGAUUGUGACUGGUUUCAAUGUAAAACCAGAUAUAUCCUUAAGCAGCAGUUUGCAGUUCGUGGAUUUAUUAUCAAGGACGUCUGUUUAUCGUAUCUACUACCUUAUGUGGAAUAAUUGUGAUCGGACACAUUGCGACCCCCUCGACCCAGACUCACUGCCCACUUUAACCGCCAAAGAAUUGCAAAAGCAAAUCAACUUUACUUCACCUUCUAAUACGACUUACGAAGUGAAAGAUUCGACAAAAGCAGUUGAUUUUAGCUACCAUUUUAGUGUCAGUGUUACGAGACAAGUGAGACAACAAGACGUUGCGAAAUUUGAAGAUGUUGUUAAGGCGGUUUGGAGUAAACGAAGUGGUGUGGUAACAAAGUCAUUACAAGUGGACAUUCCAAUACAGGAAGAGUAUAUAACUGCUAACUACUUCAGCUACAACCAGGGCUCCGCUUUCUGGACUCUCGUGCUUUUCAUACAAGAAAAUGGUAAUGUGAUUGACGGUGAAGUUACAGAACAGCUGGAUACUACUGAAAUUUCAAAACUGUUGACAUUCAGUGCUGCUAACAAUGGCAAAUAUGUCAUUUCCACAAACAAACAAUCAGAGGCAAUCAAGAAGGAGUCAUUGUUCUCGUUUUUAAUUGAGUCGCAAAUAGUAUAUGAUGACAUCAGAGAAAUUGAAAAACAACUUGCACAUGCAUGGACUACCACAGGAUUUAGCAACACUAGUACGAAUGUAAACAUUAUAUCGCAAGCCGAUUACAUGGUGUCCUCCUCAAUGCGACUUUCAACGAAAGUAUCGUUUAGCUUGAAAUCGGACGGUGUACAGAUUACCUCAAAUGACGUCCAGGAUUUAUCUGAAGAAACAAUUGCUGGGAUAAUUAGUUCGUCUUCCCUCACAAAGAAAUACAGUUUGGUGUCUACGACACAGGCGGACAAAGUUCAGUCAUAUAUGGCUAUGUUUAUACUGACAUUGAAUCGACCACUACUGGAUGUAGACAUCGCAAUGUUUGGCAUUCAGCUUACUAAGGCAUGGACGAUCUACAAGAACGACACAAACAUAAAAGCUACGGUAGUGCUUCAAGAAGAAAAUAGAGAAAUAACUACACGGAAAAGAAUGUGGGUAGUACGUUACAACGUAGAGCAUACGUCAACUCAGAAGAGUUUCGACGCGCAACUUGAAGACAGUGUACCACGUGUUGUACUCUCGAAAUACCUGACACUCGCCGCAGCUGGCAGCAAUGUGAAAUACUUCGACUCGCUCAUCACACUGCAAAGCACAGUUAACAGGUCUUCCGAUCUGUUUGCCGUUUACACGACACAACGUGUCGGCACCGGCAACUACAUCAAGCUACAGAACGGCCUGAUGCUUUCAUGGAACAGCACGUACUCUGCGGCUCGUGUCAUGUCAGUAACGGUCGUAUCAGAGGAGGAAGUUGUCACAGCUGAUAGGACGCGUGCUUGGAAGAUUUCUUAUAAUGUGGACACCAGCCCUAACUAUCCUCCAUCAACGGCAAGAAACACACGUGCAUUGUCAAUAUCCACCAUGCAAAAUAACAUAAUUAUACCCACAAUACAUGGCGGACGGUAUACAAUUGCUAAUGUUUCGAAUGAGGUUGCUGUGUCACAGACAUACGGCGCUGUUUUGUCAGAGAGGGUGUACAAUGUUGACAUCAGUAAGAUGAAACAUGUACUGGCUACUGCAGUAUCUCACAGUGUUAGCGGUACACAUACUGACCAGUACACUGUUGAUAUAGUAGCCCAGGAAAAGGUCGUAUCAGGGACAGGAACAUCUGGUUACGCAGUGUCAUUUAUUGUCAAGAGAAGUGGUGGUUUACUAGUUGAUGCAACUGUGAAUCCACAAUUGUCGACAACAGUGAUAAAUGAGGCAAUUCAGUUUGACACACCGCGACAUACAAAGUAUAUGGUACAUGAAACGUCAUACUUAGGAGAGUUUGUAAAUUAUCGACGCUCAGUGGACCAGUUUGAUGUUAUGUUUAAAGGAAUCGUUCCUAGCUACAUAAUAUCCAGAAUGAGCUCAUUGCUAACAAAUGUCUGGAAGGAACAGUUACAUAUGUCAUCAACGGUUAAUAUAAGUGUGCUUCAAAGAGCAGAACAUAUUGGAGACCAUGGUGAAUCUUUGACACGUGUAUCGUACUUCGUUUCGGCUGCAAACGCUCUCGUUUAUCCCUCCAUAACACUUGCCCCCUCUGCCGAAAAGUUGGCUGCAAAUAUCUCUUCAACAUUGAGCUUUUACGCCGAGGCGUACAUGGGAAAGUCAAUGGCUAAGGAGUCUCUAUACUCCGUGCUUGUUGAGUCAGGAUCAGUAGCAGAUGUACAUUCUGCACUCAAUGCAUCUUGGGAAAAACUGUACAAUGAUGCUUCAAUUGACAUAACUGUUGUUGGAUCGGAAACUUUUAUUGGUCUAUACGGGAUCGAGCUGAUGAAUCAGUAUUACUCAGUUGUAUUAAACGGAAGCAAGGUUGAACCAAAUUUCAUCGUUGAGCCGUUGGGCUGGAAAAUUGACCAGGAACUGAAACAAACUGACGUAUAUACUAAGACAGCUUAUAGAUCGGCGGACCUUCAUACGAUAAAGCUCAGUGGAGCAAUCGGCAAAGCCACCGUGUCCAGAUUAGAAGAAACAUUAGCAGAACUGUGGAAAAAUAAAACAAACUCCCAGAAAAAUGUUACAGCAAGCGUAGUGGCCGUGCACGAGGAGAUAGAUAUGGAGUCAAGGUCAAGUGUCCGCCAGCUAUCGUACACGCUCAACAUUGACAAUAAAACGACGGCUGCUUGGGAGGUGAAGCCUUUACAAACUGACAAGGUGAAGGCCACCAUAGCAGCGGACUAUGCAUCCGAGGUCGAAAUCUGGCUGAAUGUCACCAACAUCAUGAGAGAGCUUUACCUGAAGGGGGAAUCGCAUGAUGUAGGCGCAAAGGUGCAGGAAGUCAGAAAUGCGCUCGUACAAUCAUGGACCUUAGCAAAUAAUGCUAGCAACAAUGCAGUCGAAGUACAGAUUAUUUCUCAGAAUGAAACAAAGAAAUCGGUGCUUGUCGCCUCGGAUUGGUCUCCUUUAACGGCUAUCAAAUACGGGGUGUCCGUUAAUAAAAAGGAUCCAAAAGAACCCAUACCUCACAAAAUACUUCAGUCACAGCUUGACACGCUUGGUCUAAAACUCGUCACCGGCAGUGUCCGGAGACUCCGAAAGUUGUAUGUAACUGGUGCACGGACGCAGCUUAACUACACUGCAAUCGUAAACUCUAUAGGACGUGCAUGGUCGCAGGAAAAUUCAGGAUUCAGAGACGUAUCCACCACUGUAGUGAUAUACCAUGGGUCGAACAGACAGAAGAGGUCUCCCACACUAAGCUCUGAGUACAGCCUAGUCGGCAAUAAUAGGGAAGUCCUCACUCCGCUUCAGUACACUUUCGCCGUCGAUAAUAGAGAACCCAACCCAGCUUUAGUAGAAGAGCCGAGUGCUGAUGUUUUUGACCGGAAUCUUGCAUCAGCGAACACCGCCACGUGCGGCUGUACACCACGUGCUCAGGGUCACGUAACUUUGCUCGGCAAAACGUCGACUACUGGAAAGGCAGCUAUAGAGGACGCUAUUGCGACAGCAGUGGCCACGGAGAAUCCUAGUAUUGCAAAAUCCGACAUCACCGUUGGCAUUGUCAGCAUGACAGACGGACAGGACAAUGGGAAGCAGAUUUCCACGGUUGUGUACCUGGUAGAGUGUGCGAGAGACCCCUGUGACGUAGAGGAGCUGAGGGCGCCCAGCAAGGCGGUGCUGGAGGCAGAGCUAGCGCAAGCCGGGCAAACGCUUUAUUCGCGGGCGGAACCGGUAGAGGAAGAAAAGAACAAGUGGUUGAUACCCGUUGCUGUCGGGUGUGGUGUGGCUCUGUUCAUAAUCAUCAUGGCCAUAGUGUGCUGUUGUAUAUAUAGACGAAGACACAGAGAUAUGUGGCGAGUCAGACGAUCGCCAAAAGUAAAUUCUAGUCCUACUAGGCACCGGAAGAAAGGCGACUUUCAGGCCCAGGAACAGGAUAUAAAGCACAACAACGCCUAUGAUAAGGAACAUUUCAGUGACGCCGCUGUGUAUGAUAAUUCAGGACUUCAGGAAGAUGGCCACUUUAAAGAAAAACUCUAGAGAUGGGUUGAUAUAAGGUUGAGAGAGGAUAUCUGAUUAGCAGGGAGCGAAUUUAUCAUUAAAUUCUAUUAAAAUGCUCAAAAUUGUGUGCGGUAUGUUUAAUGGUUUAUAUUGUUUUUUUAUGACUUCAAAUUAAAGAAAUUAGAAUGUCAAUAAAGGAGUUAAAUAUACGGUUAUUGGAGAGAAGUUUUCUGAUUGGAAGACUGAAUGAUUCUAUAAUUAAAUUGAACUAAUAAUAUAAACAAAAGUAAGCUACAAUAUAAACAUACUCAAAAAUACAGUUAUUUAGGUAAUGCUAUUAUGUUGCAAUAUUCGUUCAUUUUCUUUCUGUGUUAAGUGUCAACAUAUGGACUUUCGACAAAGAUGACCAUUGUGGCAAAGGAUAAUUAUGAUAGUUAAAACGAUAGACUGUUAAGACUUGGUUCAGCAAAGAACUUUAACAAAAAGAUAGAUAAACAUAAUCAAUCCUUUCAAUGCAAUUUCAAAACCUCAAUGUAUAUUUUUUGGUUUCAACAUAUAUGACUGCAAAUACCUCAUUGUAUAAUAUAUCAUUAACAAAAAACAACACAUUACAGGUUGUCUAAUUUAUUUGUUAAUCUUGGUACAUUUACAGGAAGCAUUUACAACAUAAUCAUGAAAUGCAUGGUGAUCAUGCAAAAUUAUAAAUAAAAUUAUUGUGAAAAAUCAUCAUUGUAUUAUAUGUACAUUUUGUGUAACAUAUCCAUUUGUUUCUGUGUACCAUGUGUAAACACUGAUAUUUAAUGUUGUAGAUCUGAAUAAAUCUUAUUUUCUUU